GAUGACAAAUUCUAAUAAAACUGUCAAAAAUAGUAACUUCUGCAAAGUAGCGAACUCUAUAUAUAAAAUAUUCGGUUGUGGAUAUAAUUCUUCACGUUUUUCCCCAAAUUUUAAGGGAAUAAUUGUUUUAAAAUAAAUGAGUUGAAUAAGUACCCAAAUUUUUCAUUAUUUAAUUUUGCCAUCAUCGAGCGCUUUUUGCUUGACAGUUCGUAAAGUUUCUGCCAGAAAGAACGGGAACGAAUUUAAAAUAUUUUGCUCUAGUUGAUUGAAUACAGAGAAUUCUUUAUAUGCAGUUGUUGUUUGAGAUAAUAAAUUAAGUAAACAAACAAUCAUUGAAAUUUAGUGUCUGUUUAAAAACGAUAAAUCGGAGCAAAGGGAUUUCUCAUAAUGUCGUGCCAUAAGCGAAGCGAGGAAACUUUGAAUGAUACUGCCACGAACAAUAAACGUCGUCGGCGCUCUCUUACAAUAGAAGAAAAAAUAAAAUUAUUAGAUCGACUAAAUGUCGGAGAACGUCCAGUGGACCUGAGUCGUGAAUUCGAAAUUAGCGAUAGUACUAUACGUUCCUUACGGAAAUACGAGAAAGAGUGUACAAUGGAUCGUUCUGCAACAUACUUUCCACGGGAUGAUACCCAAGAAAAAAUGGAGCAUUUAUUGCUUGCAUGGUAUGAAAAACAAUGUCAAGAAUCAAAGGGGCACUCCAUGGGCAGUAUAUGUACCAAAGCAAGAGAAAUUUAUGGCGAGUUAAGGUAUACAGAUGGAAAUGCAGCAGCAAAAAAAUCCACUACAGGCGAAUUCAAAGCAAGCUUAAGUUGGUUAGCAAAUUUUCGAAAGCGGCACGAUUUGAAAUUUCGAGCUAUACACAAAAAUAAGCCCGUAGACCCUAUAUCUGCCAAUGUGUACAUAGACACAUUUGCAAAGCUCUUGCGAACGGGUGGUUACCAACCUCAUCAAGUCUUUAGCGCUUUUGAGUUAUCAUUCGCAUGGAAACGUUUGCCUGGUUGUACAUCAAUAGCUAUGGAAGAUAAAUUUCGUGAUAGAUUGGGUAAUGACCGAAUAAGUUUGCUCCUUUGCAGUAAUGCAGAAGGUGAUUUUUAUGUUAAGCCAAUGCUAAUUCAUCGCACACGUAAACCGCAAUGUCUUAGAUUUACAAAAAUAAGUGAACUGCCUGUCUUUUGGAGAUGUAGAGGGCGUGAAACUCAAAGUUUACCGAAAGUGACGCCUUCACAUUUCCAUGAUUGGCUCAUACAAUGCUUUACACCAACAGUACGAAAUUAUUUGAAAUUGCUGGAAAAACCAGAAUGUUGUUUGCUACUACUGAGCAGUGAUUUAUCCCAAAUGGUACUGCCAACUUAUGACGAAUCAUUCUUAAGUGUGGAAUCCCUGCCUGAGAAAACAACACAGUUGUUGCAUCCAUUAAUACAAAGUGCGUUACCAGUUUUCAAUAGUAAAUACCUGCAUAGAUUUGUUGCACAAUUAGUGCAAUGUUUGGAGGAGAAUAGUGAAGGAGAUUUGUACAAAGCAUGGCAAAAGUACUCCAUAGCCGAUGCCAUUCAUAAUAUACACAAAUCCUUAGAAGACAUCAAUGCCGAAUGUUGGAGAGGUGGGUGGCAUCGGCUAUGGCCAGAGAUUGCUAACGAACUCUGCCACAAUGCGAUACUUACUGAUGAAAUUAUGCAAAUCAUUGUUGAAUGCAGACUACUACAUGGUAAAGGACUCGAUAGUAUAGACUUUGAAGAAAUAAAGCAAUAUUUAAAAGUCGGCGAAAACAUUUCAAACGAUGACCAACUGACCAAAAACGAGUCGCAAGGAGAGUUAGCAUUUCAAAAUGUUUGCACAAAUGUACAAGAGAGCUCAUUAGAAAUCGUGAAAACCAAAGAAAAUGAGAACCUUUUAAAUAUUUGUUCUAGAAUGGAUUUCGAAUCAGCGGCAAAUAAUACCGAAAAUAGUGAUGAUGAAAUCUCAAUUAUUCAUUUUAGUGAUGACGAACCGCAGCAAUCUGACGAAGAGGCAGUUAUUGAAUUUCAUCAGACCGAAGAUGUAAAUAUCGAAUUUGGUGAAGCUAAAACUAAACUUACUAAAGGAAAAGUUCUCAAAGUAAAGCAAGUUAAAGCUCGCGCUCAGAUAAAUCUAAUAAACAAAGCGUUUGAUUUAUCUCACGAACUUGUAGAGACCUUGGGACAACUGGAAACAACUGCAGACAUAUCAGAAUUUUCUAACGGUAUACAAGAUUUAAUGCAACCUUAUGCUGAAUUAAAGAAAAAACUUUUACAGCCAAGUAUAAAAGACUUUUUUAAAUCCGAGUUGACUUUACCUUAGUAUUUUAGGGAUUAACAGAAGGAAAGAAAUGUCCCAGGCAACUCUCCUAAAAUAUUAGAGUUAAUUACAUAAUAGAUUGACAAAUGGAGUUUUAAGCUGUUAUUUUUUAUAAUA